CAGCCACCUGGGUUCUGCAAUUGUACUACAAAAGUGGAGUAGAACAACUGUCUACUUUAAAUGGGUUCUUGCCUUUUUGGUUCCCGAUGUCCAUAACACAAUAACUAUUACUCUUUUAAUGCAUAAUUUGCCGCCCCCUCCAUCAAAAUCUCCCUCCUUUCUUCUUCCUUAAACUUUUUCAUUAAUCAUAACCCACACCAAAUGAAAUAACGCUAAUACUAAUACUCAGAAGGACUCCAUUUUUAUCCAUAAAGAUACAAUGUUCUUAAUAUCUCAACAUUACUUUCUCUUUCUACAACAUUUCCAUAACAUCAAAAAAUCAAUCUUUACCUUGCUCUCUUGCUUACCCACUUCCAUUCUUGCUCUAAUUCUGCUUCUUCUUUUGGUCUACAAUGGCUCCUCUGUGUUCUACGUGCGCUUUCCCCUUCCCGCCAAAUCCUCCUUUCAGUCUGUCAGCCUCUCGCCGGAAAAUGUACCCGGAAAGUCACUAAAGAAGCUUUCUUCUUCUUCUACAGUGAUGUAUGCAGUGAAAGAAGAGAACCCACCAGUUAUUUUAAAGACCCACUUGCCACUUUUGCCAAAGUCGGCCAUUUCAAUGAUGCCCAUUAACUAUUCUUUAGUAUCGAGGCCUAAGAAAGUGCACAGACACAGAAUUUUAAACAAGGUUCUGCGAUUGGGAGACACGUCAAAGCAAUUCUCGACGAGAAUAAAAGCUUUCUUGGGGAGUUCUGUAUGUAAGGUGCGGUUCUUUAUGACUUGGAUUUCUUCUUUAGAGUCAUUUGGUGAUAGAGAGUUGCUUGCUAUUGAGAGUUUGUUCAAGUCCAAUCCAAAUGCUUGUUUGGUUAUUGUUUCUAGUUCCAUGGAUUCUGAAAGAGGGAGUGGUCUUUUAAGGCCCCUUUUGGAUAAAGGAUUCAAAGUGGCUUCAAUUAAGCCUGAUUUUAACUAUCUGUUCAAAAACACUUAUGCAGAGUCAUGGUUUAGUGAAUUAAAGAAAGGUAAUGUUGAUCCUGGAGAGGUCUCUUUAGGUCAAAACCUCUCUAAUUUGCUUAGGCUUGCCUUGUUGUAUAAAUUCGGUGGUACUUAUUUAGACACUGAUGUUAUAGUGUUGAAGAGUUUUGGUAAAUUGAGAAAUAUAAUAGGGGCACAAACAAUUGAUCUUGAAACUGGGAAUUGGAGCAGAUUGAAUAAUGCUGUUCUGAUUUUCGAUAAGAAACACCCUUUACUCUUCAAGUUCAUUCAAGAAUUUGCACUCACAUUUAAUGGAAACAAGUGGGGCCAUAAUGGUCCUUAUCUAGUUUCAAGGGUUGUCUCAAGGGUCAGCGGCAGGCCUGGGUUCAAUUUCACUGUGUUGCCUCCAUCUGCAUUUUAUCCAGUGAAUUGGAGCAGAAUUGGAAGCAUAUUCAGAGGGCCUAGAGAUGAGCUACAUUCAAAAUGGUUGCAAAGAAAGCUUGAGCAGAUAAAAGGGGAAAGUUUAGCUGUACACUUGUGGAACAAGCAGAGUAGGCAGAUUAAAGUUGAAAAUGGAAGCAUCAUCAACCAUAUAAUACUAGAUUCUUGUAUCUUCUGUAAUGCUUCUUCACGCAUGAGAUUGUUAAAAUACAAUAACAAAUGACCAUUUCUAAUUGUCCUUUUAUAUAUCUUUCCUGUAUUUGGUUAUGGACAAACUUAAGUCCAUUCCAUCAUUAUAGCGUUGAAGAAAGAAAGGAGAAUCCUUUUCUUUUGUAGAUCCCCCAGUUGGACAUAUUAAGGACCCUUUUCGGUUGUUUCUUAUAUUUUACUUCAUUUGUAACUUCUUUCAACAUAUAAAAAUGCAAGAAAUGGAAUA